UCCUCGGCACUCGCCGUCCCUCCUCUCCCCGACACCUCCGCUGCAGGACAGCUGCUGCUUCUUCUUCUUCUUCUUCUUCUUCUUCUUCUUCUUCUUCUUCUUCUUCUUCUUCUUCUUCCAGCCUGCUUCUGGCUUCAGGAGUUUCUUCUUCUCGUGCUUCUUGGAUGGUGGAGCGUCGAUCAUGCCCUCCGACUUCCUGACGCCGUUCCUGGAGCUGGAUGAGGAGUUCUGCAAGAGUUUCCGCGGCCCGGAGGCGACAGAUGGCCCGUCGGCAACGCAACGGCAGCAGCGAGUGCUGGGCUUCCAGCGGCGCCACUCCCUCUGCCCCGUCACUCUGCCCAACUCCAAGUUCAACAGCGGGGCGGCGGCCGGCGAGGCGGCCUGCUGGGGGCCCGGCGCCGCCUUCGGCCAGCUGCCCCGCUCCGCCCUCAGCCACAUCCCCUUCAGGGUGGACCGCUCCGUCAGCAUGAUCGAGGGCUGCGGCGUUCUCGCCGGCGGGGAGGACAAGACGGCCAACCUGUCCCCGCCGCCGCCGCUGCUGCCGCCGCCCGGCCUCUGCGUCAGCGGCGGCUCCCUCUCCUCCUCCGCCGCCUCCUCGCCCUCCAGGCUCCCCCCUCCCCCCCCUCACUUCUCCACCAGGUACAAGACCGAACUGUGCCGGACCUACGAGGAGAGCGGCGCCUGCAAGUACGGCGCCAAGUGCCAGUUCGCCCACGGCCUGGACGAGCUGCGCGGCCUCAGCCGGCACCCCAAGUACAAGACGGAGCCGUGCCGCACCUUCCACACCAUCGGCUUCUGCCCGUACGGCGCCCGCUGCCACUUCAUCCACAACGCCGACGAGCUGCAGGCGGGGCCGGCCGCCGCCGCCGCCGCGCCUCCUCAGCGGCUGAAGCCGCGGCCUCCGCUGCUGCGGCACAGCCUCAGCUUCGCCGGCUUCUCCACGGCGCCUCACGCCUUCCAGCCGGUGGAGGCGUCGCGGCCGCCCUCGCUGCUCUUCACCCGGGCGGCGUCCGUCUCGCCGCCCCCGUCCUCCACGGGCAGCCCGGAGCUCCUCUCGCCCCUGUUCCCCGAGCCGGGCUCCCUGAAGCACUGCCCCUUCUUCAGCGGCGUCGGCGACCUGGCGGGCGACGGCGGAGACUCGGCGCUGCGCUUCUUCGCCGUGACCGACUCCGUGGCCUCCAGAUGCCCCGGCUCCACUUUUAAAAGCCCCGGCCUGCCCCUCCACCUGCCGCGGCAGCCGCCGGCGCCCCCGGGCGUCCGCCCCGGCCUGCAGCGCUGCUCCUCCGCCGACUCGCUCUCGGAGGAAGGCUACACCUCCUCCUGCUCCCUCAGCUCGUCGCCCGGCGGCGCCGAGUCGCCGGGCCUGGAGGGCCGCCGCCUGCCCAUCUUCAGCAGCCUGUCCGUGACGGACGAGUAGGGCGGAGUUUUACUGCCAGGCCGCCUCGGGCCGGGCGGAUGUCUGGACCCAGACACCAGGUCCAGGCUGCUCCCUGAGUCCGGCCCAGUAAACGUACCUAUCUUUGUGCAUAUUGCAUCUGUCGUCCCAGCAGCAGUACUGCUGCUCCGUGUUCGUCCAGUUUUCGCUGACCUCCAGUCUUUCUGUUGUUAUGAUUUAUCGGGAACUCUUGGUCUGAUAUUUACUGCUGUAUACUGUUGUAUACCUGAUUGUGUAGAACCUGCGGGCUGCGCCGCUCCGCUCGGCGUUCCGGCUGGAACUCUUGUGCUCCCUGUUUUCAGGAGGACUUUGAUAUCAGUGCUGUGCGCCACUUUUCUUUUUCUUCCCUCAUUCUGUUCUCGGUUCUUUUUCUGGUUUUUGUUUUUGUUCUUUGUUGCUCACGGUCAUAUUGAGGAGCUGAAUCCUGUAGGCUGCCACUGGCUGAUUGAUUAAUUGAUGAAUGGACUGCCGGUAUGGCUGCGGCCAUCUGAUUGUAUUUGUCGCCUGACAUGAAUUAAACUGCCUUAGCAAGAAAACUGGCACAAAUGUAGGAAAGCCCCAGACUCUAGUCACCAAAGUUACCCAUGUUAGACCGCUAACCUGCUAGUACUGCUGACUCAUAGCAUUAGCCGUGCCAGGUGUUACCAUUAUUAAUAGCGUCACUGUUUUUUUAGACUUAUUUAUUAUACGAGUUGUUUUGCUUCGUGAUGCCUUUAGAAAUUACGCUUUACUUUAUGCAUUCAUGUUGUCCGCCUGCUUUGUGUUUACACAAUCCCGUAGCUUUAAGGGGGCCGGUGGAGAGGGGGGAGGGAGGGGGAGGGACGUAGACAUUUUGGCAUUCUGUAUUCAUGUUGCCUUACCGGCUGAAUCAGGACUCGCUCAGGUCUCUGCAGCGAGUCGACUCUCCUCUCCAUCGCGCCCGACUGUAACGACCACGUCUCCGGUGUCCGUCUCAGCACAGUUUGACGACCGUCACACCUGUCGUGGAGUUCACCGCUCGGAAGUGCCGUCUUCCCCGGGGUCUCGCUCCAGGGAGACUCUGCCGUGCAGUGAAGAGGCGGCGUUUCGUUGUGUUUUUGGUGAAGAGGCGGCGUUUGGUUGAGUCCCCGGUUGGCUGGACGGACUGGCCUCGGUUGGCUUGAUGACAAUGUGUUUGCAGACCGACCUGUGUUGCACGCCGGCUCGCGGCCGGCUAACUGUUCCAGCUGGGGGGGAAAUCAUGACUGUCCGGCGGAUUCGGACCAGGCUCUCCGUCGCCUGCCUCUGAUUCGCUCCCUGUUGAUUUGACUUUACCCAGCGCGCUGUUUUUGUAACUUUUGUUAACUUAAGGUCUUAUUUAUUUUGUUUUUUAAAGGCAAAAACCUAUAUUGUGUUGUUUGAUAUUGCAUUUUUUCUUGUUUUACGUAAUUUAAGUUUACAUUCCAUGGAUGAUGUUGAUAUGUCUGCUCUUUAUCUUAAUAUAUGUCCAUCUUUAUUUCAAAUAAAGGUCAAUG